AUGGCCAACAUAGAGGUUAUCUUGAGCGCCGGUGCAUUCAAUUCGCCGCAAAUAUUAAUGUUGUCAGGAAUUGGGCCAAAAGACCAUUUAACACAACUAGGAAUACCUGUGUUGGUAGACCUGCCUGUAGGUAACAACCUCCAGGACCACCCGACCACUUCAAUCCACACCACACUCAAUGACGAACGAUUAGCAAAUCCGGGACCUCUACUAAAUGUGCAGCAAUUAUACGAGGAGUUAGUGGAGAAGACUGGCCCCCUAUCGGUGCUGACGAGCUCUAUAUUCUUCUACACCACAAAUAGUAUUCAAGACAAAGAGUGGCCGAACGCCUACAUGUACUCCAUUGCAGAAUACGUGAGUAAUCUAAACAAUACGGUGGCGGAAAUGCCAGCGCAUAGGGAUGUCUGGAUGGAGUACUUCCGGCCUUAUUUGAAUCGACACCUAUUGCUCACAUCACCACAUCUGUCGCGCAUCAGGAGUUACGGCACAUUACGUCUGGCAUCGAGUGACCCAUUCGUGUACCCCAUCAUUGAUCCACAAUUCUUGGCUCAUCCGCAAGACUAUAAGGAUUUGAUUGAAACAACAAAAUUUAUUUUGUAUUUUCUGACCGAAACUAAACUUUCUGAAUACCUGUCGAUCAUACCGGAGCCCAUUCCCGGUUGCAGUUACUGUAAAAAUGUUAAGCUCUAUGAAUGCGAUUCAUAUAUCGAGUGCCUGACCCGGGAGACCAUCAAAACUGGUUACCAUCCGGUGGGCACCUGUCGUAUGGGUAGCGCCCGUAGAAGUGAUGUUGUGGUGGACGAGAGAUUGCGAGUGAAGUACGUGACUGGCCUUCGGGUGUGCGACGCCUCCAUUAUGCCUCAAAUCAUUAACGCCAACACAAACGCGGCCGCCAUUGCCAUCGGGGAAAAGGGUGCAGAUCUCAUCAAACAGGAUAAUGGAUACUAG